CAUAUUAUCGCGCCAAAUAUGGCAGACGCUGAUGCCGUGAAAACGAAAUACAGAUGAUUUCGGGCCAAAUUCUCGUUUGAAACCUUAAAAUGUCUGACUCGUUACAAACACAAAGUGUGCAGGACCGACUGGACCGCGUGCAGGAGCUGACAGAGUUCACCGAAAGGUGCAAAAAACGGCUAGACGACAUAUUUAAAACGCUGGGAUGGUCGUGGGACGAGAAGGGCUCCAACCAGGAGCCAAUGGAACAAUGUCCCUACGACCCCAAUCACAGAGUUCCAGUCAGGAGCAUGGAGAAACACAAAACAUCCUGCAGGCUCCGGAAGAUGGGCUACUCCGCCGAGGAGCAGGCAGAGAUGUACGACCCCUCUGUAUGUUAUGAGAACAGCAGUGUCAGAACCUUUACAAUGGACAAAUCCACCCAGCACCAAGUGAUCCUGCAGGCGAGAUCUGCUGCACCACUGAUGAGGAUGGAAGGAGUCUUCUGGCAAGGUCAGUACUCUGGGCAGCCUGUCGACGUGCCUCAGAACCACAAACGCACGGUGUGCGACCUCACUGUGGCCGACCGAUUGGCUCUGUACGAUCACGUGGUCGACGUCCUCAACCGACAGAGGGAGGGCGCCGCCUCCUCCACCAAUGAUGACCUUUACGUAGAUUUGGUGUCCAAACUCCAGAAGGAUGAAGGUCAGAACGAACCAAAGACUCACUUGGAGCUGAUGGCAGAGAUGAGGGACUACAAGAGGCGUCGUCAGUCUUAUCGAGCCAAGAACGUUCACAUCACCAAGAAGUCUUACACCGAGGUGAUCAGAGAGGUGAUCAACGUCCACUCAGAGGAGCUCAGCAGGCAGUGGAGGGAGGAGGAGCAGCAGGAGGAGGAGGAGGAGCCAUCGAGAUCUGAAGUCACCUCUCAUAGGCGUCGACCGGACGAAAGGCGGUCGGCUUCAUCAGAAUCAACUCACGGCCACAGCAGACGCCAUCGCAGCCGAGAACGAAGUCGAGAGAGAGCGAGCAAGAAGAAGAGGAAGAAGGAGGACAGGGAUUCCCGGUCCCCUGAUGACCACCACCACGACCGGAAGAAGAAGAAGAAGAAGAAGAAAGAGGAGAGGGAGAGGUCAUAGUGUCGCAGCAGCAGAAGUCACGUGAGAGGAGCUCGCUGUGCUCUCCACAGGUUAAAACACGUCAGGCCACUUCACAUUUUAAAGUCACAAACCUGUUGAUGUUUGGAAAGAAAUAAAGUUUUGGGAACGAAAA